GGGCGUGGCCUUUUCUGGGUAGAGGAGGGGUCGUUCUAAGCAGAAGAGAAUGAAGAAAGCCUGAAUAUGCUAAGCAUAUUCCAGGAGCAGCAGGUAAGUGGGUGUGACUGGAGGGAAAUGGAACCUCAGGUGAUCCGACCGAGGGAGUCACUGCUCGAGCGUCCAGACCCCAGAAGUCUCCACCUUUCCCUUUUUUCCCCCCUCCCUUCUCAGUUGCCCUUUCCCGCUUUCUGCUGACUCCGCCCCACCGGCAGCCUCCUGGCCCCGCCUCCAGAGAGGCUGGAGGCGGAGCCUCGUGUGGUCAUCUCUCUGCUCCUUCCGAAGGUGCGCGGAGCUGAUGGCGCUGUUUAAUUGACGUCACGGUCAUUGACAGCGUGAGGCAGCGGCGGCUGCUGCCAUGGUGGCUGGCGUCCGGGUGGGGGUCUGAGUGGAUCUUCUGCUAGGCCAGAACGCCUUUAGGGGGCGUGACGGAAGGCGAGAGUUUGCAGCCAGGGCGGCAGGUUUGUCGUCUGGAGAGUCGUGAGGCUGAGGAGGGGGUUGAAGACCUAGAAGCCGGACUCCGUGACCUAGAUCAGGGGGUGUGUUGGAGGGGAGGCUACGUCAAAGCUGGGUGAGGAACGGGGUAGUCAGGCCCAGGAGGCAGGCGGAAGCCUUAGGGUCCGGAUUGGGGUGAGGGAGCUCAGGAUCUGGGCAAAGAGCUAUCUCCCGGUGUCAAUCUAGUCUUGGGGUGGGUGGACCAGGCUCACGAACCUCUCUUCCCCUCCCCACGCCCGCCUGCUCCCGGUGGUUUAUGCGGGCUGCAGGUGCAGCAUGUCUAGAUUGGGGGCCCUGGGCGGCGCCCGCGCCAAGCUGGGACUGUUGCUGGGCACUGCUGCCGGCCUUGGAUUCCUGUGCGUCCUCUACAGCCAGCGGUGGAAACGGUCCCAGCGCCAUGGCCGGAGCCAGAGCCUGCCCAACGCCUUGGAAUACACGCAGACUUCAGAGCCCAGACGCCAGGUGAUGCAGUUGCGGUCCAUCCCAGGUGAGGCUGGAGAUGCUGCAGUACUGCCCAGCCUUCCACAGGAAGGGCAGGAGAAGGUGCUGGACCGUCUGGACUUUGUGCUAACCACUCUUAUGGCAUUGCGGCGGGAGGUGGAGGAGCUGAGGAGCAGCCUGCAAGGGCUUGCUGGGGAGAUUGUUGGGGAGGUCCGAUCCAACAUGGAAGAGAACCAGAGAGUGGCUCGGCGGCGAAGGUUCCCAUUUCUCCGGGAGAGGAGUGACUCCACUGGCUCCAGCUCUGUCUACUUCACGGCCUCCUCAGGAGCCACGUUCACAGAUGCCGAGAGUGAAGGGGGUUAUACUACAGCCAAUGCCGAGUCUGACUAUGAGCGGGACUCUGACAAGGAGAGUGAUGACGGGGAAGAUGAAGUAAGCUGUGAGACUGUGAAGAUGGGGAGAAAGGAUUCUCUGGAUCUGGAGGUGGAGGCAGCUUCGCAUCCAGUGCCUGGUGCUGUCGAGGCUGUAGUCUCCUCGGGCCUGGAGGACGUGCUGCCCCUCCUGCAGCAGGCAGAUGAGCUGCACCAGGGCAGCGAGCAGAGCAAGCGGGAGGGUUUCCAGCUGCUGCUCAACAACAAGCUGGUGUAUGGAAGCCGGCAGGACUUUCUCUGGCGCCUGGCCCGGGCCUACAGUGACAUGUGUGAGCUCAGUGAUGAGGUGAGCGAGAAGAAGUCAUAUGCCCUAAAUGGAAAAGAAGAAGCAGAGGCUGCUCUGGAGAAGGGGGAUGAGAGUGCCGAAUGUCACCAGUGGUAUGCAGUGCUUAGUGGUCAGCUGGCUGAGCAUGAGGGCAUCCAGAGGCGCAUCCAGAGUGGCUUUAGCUUCAAGGAACAUGUGGAUAAAGCCAUUGCUCUCCAGCCAGAAAACCCUAUGGCCCACUUUCUUCUUGGCAGGUGGUGCUACCAGGUUUCUCACUUGGGCUGGUUAGAAAAAAAAACUGCUACAGCUUUGUUUGAAAGCCCUCUCAGUGCCACUGUGCAGGAUGCCCUCCAGAGCUUCCUAAAGGCUGAAGAACUACAGCCAGGAUUUUCCAAAGCAGGAAGGGUAUAUAUUUCCAAGUGCUACAGAGAACUAGGGAAAAACUCUGAAGCUAGACAGUGGAUGAAGUUGGCCCUGGAGCUGCCAGAUGUCACUAAUGAGGAUUCGGCUUUCCAGAAGGACCUGGAAGAAUUGGAAGUAAUUUUAGGAGAAUAAUCACACUUCAAUGGCCUUCGUGACUUGAGGGAUACCACCACUUACAGGGAAAAAUCAAGGCUUUCUUCCUUAGACCCUGCUGGGAUCAGGAACCCAAGACUGAUUUAGGGAGUAUCUUGACUCCUGGGUAUGACUGCCACCCACUACCACCCCCCAACUUCUUGUCUGUUGUCCAUCAGUUAAUUUAUUCUACUCACUUACCUAAUCUAAAAUUGGGAAAGUACUUGUGGCCAGAUUUUUCUGUUCUCCCCCUUAAGUGAAUUCUUGAAAAAUCAAGAAUAGUCUAGCACUCGUCCUAGCGUUAAGUGUGGGUGGAGCCCUGGAGGCUGCUAGAGCUGAGAGGAUGAGGCAGUAGCACUGCCUUUCAACUGCCGGAGAGGUAGAUGAACUUCAAAGAGCUACAGGAACAAAGCACAGAAGUUGUCACUUUCUAAUCUUUUUCACUGAUUGAUUAAUAUUCAACACCUAGUAUACAGUCCUAAAUCACACCCUACCUACUAGAGCAAAAAGAGGGGUCAAAGUAGCCCAUGAAUAAUGCCCUUUUAUCACCUAUUGUGGAUUUUAUUUGUAUUCCUGGGCUGAGAGUCUUGGCCACUUGAUUUCCAGAGUUCUGACAGCUUUCGGAAUGACAGCAGUGGCAUAGGGUUUAUGAUACUGUGAAACGAUGAUUUGAAUAGUUGCCUGGAAUAUAUUUUGAUACAAACUUGAAAUAAACCAAAUUUGAUUAAAAGUGA